GGCAAACAAUGCAAAAAACACAGUCUACAAAGUGACACACUACAAAGUAGGGAAAGUCUCACUGGGCGCACAAGGUAAAAGACGUAACGACCGGAAACAGAGCGGUUAUGGUGGUCAGUCUAAGCCUGUGUUAAGAAAGAAGACCAAGACCACAAGAAAGACUGUGCUGCGAAUGGAAUGCACAGAAUGCAAAUACAGAAAACAGCUUCCGAUCAAGCGAUGCAAACACUUCGAGUUGGGAAAUGAUAAGAAGAGAAAGA